AUGGCUUUGAAUGAAGCAAUAGAGAAAGCAUAUGUUGAUAAUUUGGUUGACUAUGUAGAAGUCAACAGGAAGGAACCUGUAAAUAAUGGCAUGCUGCUGCUUCUACCAAAGGAAGAGUUAGAAGAUGAAGCUUCACUUAUAACAGCUUCCACAAAAUGUAGGGGCUCAAGGGAGAGUUCUACAACUAUUCAGGAUGUGGAAACACCUUCAACUACAACCAUCCUAUUGAACUGCAACCAUCCUAUUUUUCGCCAAUUCAUAGUAGAUUCCUUGAGAUAUUGGGUAACAGAGAUGCAUGUCGAUGGAUUUCAGUUUGAUCUUGCCUCUAUCAUGACAAGAGGCAGUAGCCUUUUUGAUGCAAUAAAUGUAUCUGGAAAUCAAGUAGAAGAUGAUUUACUGACAACUGGCUCAUCUCUCACCAACCCACCAUUAAUUGACAUGAUUAGCAAUGACCCAAUACAUCGAGGAGUGAAGAUAAUCAAAAUUGAUUAUCAAUUAAACUUAUCUUUUUAA